CUUAGUCAUCAUCCUCCUCUCCCCCACCACCUCCACUGUGUCGAGGGGGCAUCCCAGGACAGAGCUGGCCUUCCUGAUCACUCUGUCGAGUCUCUUCCUGUCCGCAGACGAGAUGCUGCUGCCCCAGCAGACCACUCCACUCCAUCAGAAAUGGCUGAUGCCACCACAGUGCAAUUACAAUGAAGUUGUAAACUUUUAGAUUACUGUUGAAUAGAUAGAUAAAGAUAGAUAGAUUGACUUUAUUAAUCACCAAAGGGAAAUUGAGGUGUUACAGCAGCAAUUUACAUAGAUCACAAAAAACGUGCAUCACUCACACAAAAGACAUGAAGUAGGUACAAAGAAACACUGUAUUUACAAAUCUCUAUAUAAAUAUACAUACCAACUACAUUACACUAGAUAAAAGAAAUAAAAAAAUACAAUAUAGAGUUAAAGAUAUAAAGUAUCUCUGCAGUGGAAAAGUAGAGAUAAGAUAUACAGUAUCUCUGCUAUGUGAAGUAGACUUAAAGAUAUACAGUAUCUCUGCUGUACAAAGUACAGAUAAGAUAUAUCUUUUCUAUGGGAAGUAGAAAUAAAGAUACUGUAUAUUUCUGCUAUGUGAGGUAGAGUUAAAGAUAUAUCUCUGCUGUGCAAAUAGAUAGAAAUAGAAUAGAAAAAGAACUUACUGUUAAAUAUUGUACAUGCAUUCAUUCUCGAUUUUGUUGUCAGGGUGUCGUGGAAUAUAUAAAUUAAAGUUGUAUGCAAUGUGUCCAUCAUGCAUAUUAUCAUAAAGUUUAUUUUUGGUUUACACAAUCACAAAUGGGCAAAGUCCCUUAAAAUGGGUGACAUAUACAGGUCUUUACAUGUCAAUCUUUAAUUAUACUUAAACAAUGAUUAAUCAAUAAUUCCCCUCCUCCGCCCAUCAGGACAUUUAUGGAGCUGUGCGGUCCCAACAUGAGUGAGAGUGGAGGAUCUCUCUGCCAGAUGAAGCAGCUCCCCUGCCACAACGUCCCCCUGUGUCGCCUGCAGGCUGGUGCACACCUCAUGCUCAACCUCCCCCACCAGCCGUGGGUCAACCACCCAUCCCCGGCCAUCGCCUCCAGCCCGGCCGCGGCCCUUCGCCAUAGGGUAAAUGGAGCCAUGGCGGCCAGCUGCAGCAACCCGGAGUGUGCGGUCUCCAGACUGGGAGAGGAGGCAGCACUGGCCCGAGGCGUCUCCACAGGGAAGGUGUUGGUGACAGGAGGAGGGGGAUACUUUGGGUUCAGGCUGGGGAGAGAACUGGCCAGUCAGGGGAUGUCGGUGGUCCUUUUGGACAUGAACAAGCCGCCCUGUGAUAUCCCUGACGGAGCGAUCUUCCAUCAGAGUGACAUCCGGGACUAUUCUUCCCUCUAUAAGGUGUGUGAAGGGGUCGACUGUAUAUUCCACACAGCGUCUUACGGCAUGUCUGGACCAGAACAGCUGAGGAAAGAGCAGGUGGAGUCAGUCAAUGUUGGAGGAACCAAUAAUGUUAUAAAUGUGUGUAAGGAGAGGAGCAUCCCCAGGCUGGUGUACACCAGUACCAUCAAUGUGGUGUUUGCUGGGAAACCAAUCGAGGAGGGAGAUGAGGCCUCAGUGCCGUAUGUGCCCCACGACGUACACAUCGACCACUACAGCAGAACUAAAGCGAUUGCAGAGCGGAUGGUCCUCUCUGCCAACGGAUGCUCCCUGAAAGGUGGAGGUCUGCUUCGGACCUGCGUCCUGCGUCCCUGUGGCAUCUACGGACCGGAGGAGAGGAGACACCUCCACAGAGUGAUGAUGAAUGUGGAGCGCAGGUUGUUCAGUUUCAGGUUCGGUGACCCCCGGGCCAGGAUGAACUGGGUGCAUGUAGAUAACCUGGUGCUGGCCCACACGCUGGCAGCCGAGGCUCUCGAACUGCAGAAGAGCUGUGUCGCUAGUGGUCAGGCCUAUUUCAUCAAUGAUGGAGUUUCAGUCAAUCUGUUUGAGUGGUUGACACCUUUGUUUGAAAAGCUGGGCUACAGCAAACCGUUGAUAAACUUGCCUGUUUCACUCGUCUAUUCAGCAGCCAUCUUGGUGGAAUAUUUGCAUGUCGUUCUGAGACCUGUGAUGGGAGUGCCUCUCCUCUUUACCAGAAGUGAGGUGAGAAGCAUAGCUGUGAGCCAUACCUUCAAGAUCGACAAGGCCCGUCGAGAGCUGGGUUACUGUCCGAAGUCCUACAGCCUGGUGGACUCUGUGGAGCAGUACCUGAAGUCCAGACGGCCUCGCUCCAGCUCGGCUCUCUUCAGCCUCUCCUGGACCUCCCAGCUGCCCCGACACCUCUUCCUCCUCUUCCUCCUCUUGCUGCUGGGCUUCAGCCUGCUGCUGCUGAUGCUAUCCAGCAUAAUCUGUCAGAGCUAAUCAAUUUCACUAGAAAACGGAUAGCAGCACAAUAAGCUCAUGUUUGUUAGGUAAUUAAAUGUUUGAUUAUGUAUUCUAUCCUCGCCACAUGUGACUUGUUAAUGAAAUCCAGGAGCAAAUGCAAUAAAAUAUGCCCUAAAAAUAAGUCAGGUUAUGUAAUAAUUUCUUCAAUCUUCUUGAUGUGUGUCUGAUUUCCUAAUGAUGAAACUACCAGGCUGCUGAAAAGUAUCAAACCUGAGUUGUGUGAAUGUGAUUUAUUUCUUUACACUUUGAAGUUACUAUGAUUUCAUUUAAAGGAAAAAAAAAAUAUAUAACUUUGUAUUACAAAUAUUCAAAUUCUGAUUGUAUUCAAAGCAUGUUUCCAGGUUCUAUUAUAAAGAUUUGUUGUGAUUUAAUUAGUAAUUUUGUACACUUUUAAAAAUAAAAGCAUUAACAAUGAAUGCC